UGAGCUUGGAGUCCAGGUCAUCAGUGGCCAAGUUUCCAGUGACCAUCCGUUAUCCUGUCAUACCCAAAUUAUAUGACCCUGGACCAGACAGGAAGCUCAGAAACCUGGUGACCAUUGCUACCAAGACAUUCCUCCGCCCCCACAAGCUUAUGGUCCUGCUCCGGAGUAUUCGAGAGUUUUACCCAGACUUGACUGUGAUCGUGGCUGAUGACAGCAAGAAACCCAUGGAAAUUAAUGACAAAUAUGUGGAGUAUUAUACCAUGCCCUUUGGGAAGGGUUGGUUUGCUGGUAGGAACCUGGCCAUCUCUCAGGUCACCACCAAGUACGUUCUCUGGGUGGAUGAUGACUUUCUCUUCAACAACAAGACCAAGAUUGAGGUGCUGGUAGAUGUCCUGGAGAAAACUGAACUGGACAUGGUGGGCGGCAGUGUGUUGGGAAAGCUGUUCCAGUUCAAGCUGUUGCUGGAACAGGGUGAGAAUGGGGACUGUAUUCACCGGAGGUCAGGAGCAUAUCAGCACCUGGAAGGCUUCCCCAGCUGCAUGGUGACCAGUGGCGUUGUCAACUUUUUCCUGGCCCACACAGAGCGCCUCCAAAGAGUGGGCUUUGAUCCACGCUUACAACGAGUGGCUCACACAGAGUUCUUUAUUGAUGGACUGGGAAGCCUGCUGGUGGGCUCAUGCCCACAGGUGAUCAUAGGCCACCAGUCCCAUUCUUCUGAGAGGGACCCAGAGCUGGCUGCCCUGGAGAAGAGCUACAGAAAAUACCGGACCAACACCAAAGAUGAGAUCCAGUACAAGCUGGCUCUCCACUACUUCAAGAACCGGCUCCAGUGCAGCACAUAG